AUGCGUCCGACUUCUAUAUAUAGCGCGGAAGAAAUCUCGGCUGCCCUUAAACAGAUCAAACACGACGUCAAUCUCCUAAAGAUUGGUCCUAAAAAGAAAGACAAAAGAGACAAACUACGCGAAACCAUUUGCUAUUUAGGGCUACUACUCGGUAGCAGCAGGACAAAAACACGCCUUGUACAGCUCGGAUGCAUCAUCUCCCAAGAUCGUCCAGCUUCGUCCGUAAUCAGCACACCACCAUCUGAUGAAACCUCGAAGCAGAGAACCCAAUCGCUGGUGGAUCUCAACGUUGUAGCUGCUCCUGCUCCUCCUUUGCCUCCUAAAAAAAUUGUUUUUGGGGUAGGUAAAUUGAAAAGCUGCGUCAAAGAAGAGAUCCUUGAACAUCUGGAAACUAUUGGACUGACCGCUGCAGAAUGCGUACCAGUCUUAAAAUUUUCUCCCACUCGUCCUCAACCUCCAACCAGUGAUCCAUCAACAAAAUUUCGCAUAACUAUUUUUAAACAUCAGGAGAUGAUUUUUACCAAUCCUGAAAAUUGGCCUAUCGGCGUGGAAAUUCACCCUUGGUUGUUUCAUGCUCGACCACAGCAUUUGAUAAAACCCACUACAACUUCACUACCAAAUCAUCAUCCUGUCGACCUACCAAAUGUUAAUACACCAUCGCUGGUCAACUCACAUCAGCAUGUAGAAAACACAGUUGAGGUGGCUUCCAUUUUAACUUCUUCGGAAAAAUCCACUCAGCCAGUCGAGUCAGUCACGUUAAGCUCUUCUCAGCUGAACCUCCUAGAUUCAUUCACCAGACAGUCAUCCUACUGCACCACAAGAGAUCUACUCAACAUUCUAGAAGCCAAGUACAUCAACAAUCAUGAUCACCCUCUACCUCUACUUCACAUAAACAGCAGAAAGACAUGGCUGAAUGACGAAACCGCUAAACUACAGUAUAUAGACCCCCCAACACUGAUCCUAAUAUCUUAA